AUGGCCGACGUCACGACCGAGGCUGCCCAAACGACACCGGCCACCCUUGGUGGCUCGGACAACAGCCAAGGCAAUAAAUUCCAGACGGCCAUUUCGGCCUGGCGAGGCGUCGAUCUCACGACUCUCAUCACCCAGCUUGACAACACGGCAUCCGAUAUUGCGGCGCACCAACGAGACUCUACGGUGCAGAGGAAAGAGCUUGCGCAGAAGACGAAGGAUUUCCGAAAACUCGACGAUGCGUCCAAGCUCACGGAGAUCAAGGCUCUUUGA